UUUUGCUCAUCCCUAAUUUCAGUGUACUAAACACACCCAAUGUAAACAAUAGAAGGAGGUAGUUGAUCCCAGUUAAUCCUAGAAAAAUUUCCAGUGGCGUAGAAAGAGAUAAAGUAUAUACCGCCCAUUGUGUGUAUCGUCCAUUGUGUUUAUCUAUUCUCUAUGAAAUUGUUUUUGCAAUUAUAUUGUCAUGAUCUCAACAUGUUUAUCGAGAAAAUAUCUGACACUUUACGAAUUUUAUAUUUUUCUGAGUAUUUUAUUAAUUCUCUUCCAAGCAAAUCAUUGUGCAACACCACAUGCCAGUCAAGAGGAUGUAUUGCAUUCAUUCAAGAGUUAUUCCGAUGUGGCCAUGUUUCAUUAUACUGUGCCAAAAGAUGUGUUAAGAGCUACAUGGCAAUUUGCUGCUUUUAUGGAUGAUCCAAGUUGUCAAUCUCGGAAAGUACACAUACACUUACGGUUUGGUAGUUACCCAGUUAUAUCAACAAGUAAAGAAUCAUUUUUCAUAAAUACUCACAUUGAAAAUAAUCAUGAAAUCAUAGUUACUACUAUGACAAUUUACCAGCCAACUAUUAUUAAUACAACUAUUGUGCCAAUUUAUGGACCUGAAGCUGGAGAUUGGUUUGUUGCAGCUUAUAUGUCCCCAUGGGACCAAAGAGUGCAACAGCAAGGCUUAGGACACAAGUGUCAAUAUAGUAUAGGUACAGUAGCUUUAUGGUCACAGGUAGACAGUACUGUAAAUAUUCCUAUUGGUUGUGAAAUCAUGUCACAAACGAGUGCAAUGAUAACACACUACAAAAUAUAUAUUCCAUCAGGAACAUGGGAUUUCCGUGUAUCUAUCUGGAAUUGCAAUUUUACUGUGCAAAAUAUGAGUGGCCUUUGUAUUAAAAACAUGUCCUUAAAAGGACGUUCUUUACCAAUAUCCAACAAUUCUCAUCUUGAGAAGCCUAUAAGUCUGACUACAGGAGCUAGUCACACCUUUGUAGAAUCUAAUCCUUAUGAAGAUAGUUAUUAUUACUUAUCAAUAGUUUCCAGUAGCAUCAUCAAGUUUAAUAUUAAGGUCGACGUAACUGAAUGUCCUAUCAAAAUAACUGAAAAGUUUUUCAACAGAAGAUAUAUCAAUACUGUUACAAGCUUUAAUUCCAUAAUGGGAUCAAAUACCAAAUAUUCCAUAAGACAAAUGCAGUAUUACAAGGAAAAUAAUAAUAUUGAUAAAAAUACAUCUCACAAAAACCAAUUUUUCGAGAGAGACGAAAAAUAUAACACAGAUAUGUGCAUACCACGUCAUCAAUUGGCUCGUGUAAAACAUACGGAAGCAUUUUCAGCAGUUUAUUUCUUACAGGGAGACGAGUGGUUAAGUUCGCGUUUGAUGUUAACGGAUUCAGUUCCAAUAAUGACACAAUUCAAUAUUUUGCAAUUCAUAGAUAUCGGUGGUACACUCGAUAUCAAUGCGUAUUUAGAAGCAGAAAAGCUGACAUCAAAACGAUUAGUAGUGGUAACAAUGUGUGUUCAAAGAGGUCGUAUACCUAAAUUGGGAGAGUAUAGUUUGUGUCAAAAUGGUACAUUAUCGAUGAAUUUGUCUUCGCUCGAUAAGCAUAAUGCUAGUUUGUUAAUAGCGUAUCCGCAAUCAGAUACAUAUUAUAUUUUGAUCAAUACAGUAUGUUACAAUAAUAACAAUCCAGUAUAUUGCGAAUUGGAAGAUAUUUCAGUGCUAUUGAACGUACGCACCAAAAAGUGCGUGUUUUCUGAUCCAAGCCCUUGUGGUGAUCAUGGUGUUUGUCGAGAAAUUCAGAAGGGCAAUCUCUAUUACACAACAUGCAGUUGCUUUGAUGGUUACGCAGGAUACGGUUGCACUGAUAUUAUAAGCACCACUGCUAUCAUUUCUUCUAUUGUGAGUUCCAUAAUGCUUAUUUUAAGCAACGCUUUCUUUAUACCGGCUAUUUAUUUAGCCGUAAAACGAGAAUUGUACGCAGAAGGAUUGGUAUAUUUCGCCACCAUGUUGUGUUCGUCCUUUUAUCACGCUUGUGAUCAGAAUGACGCGUUCUGCAUCACAAAAUACGAAGCACUACAAUACAGCGACUUCUUCUCCAGCAUUCUCGCGUUUUGGGUAACGUUGGUGGCGAUGGCGAAGUUGACUAGCAAAUUCGUGUCGAUAUGCCAUAUGACAGGAGUGUUCCUAAUCACACUUCUAGUACAGAUCAAUAAAAUGUAUCUGUUCAGUACAUUGAUACCUCUAUUGAUGGGUAUACUGAUAUAUUUUUACGUACAUAUACAGGUUGUUAUGCACACUUACCGCAAUAUUCGUACUGGUAAGUGGAAAAAGCCAAGAGGCAAGAUGAUAAUAGGUCUGUUGCUCGCCAUAAUUGGCGUAUUGCUUUAUUCUUUCAUCGAGACUGAGGGGAACUAUGGAUAUGUUCACAGCGUAUGGCACAUCACCAUAUCGAUGUCACUGAUAUUCUUGUUGCCAUCUAAACGAUUUAUCUUAUCGAGAAAUAUUUCUCCCAAUAACAAUAACGAGCCACAGAACUACAAAGAGCAUGACAAUACACCGACAUUCACAUUAAUCGAUCUGGACAACUAAAUCAAGACAGUCGAGUGACGAUGAGAGAGACAUUCGAAUUCGUAAGCAACGAAUUGACCAAAUUUGAUUGAAAAACCAUUUGAAUCAACGGCAUGGACAAUUGAGGAAAAAAUGAACAAAAUAUUGGAAUAUUAGUAUUAUAAGAAAUGAAAAAGGACUGAUUAAUUGGUAGUAAAAGAAUAUAUCUUUUUUUUAUUUUAUUUUAUUUUCUGUAAACCAUUAGUAUUAAUCCUAUAAUAUAUGUUUGUGUGCAUCUCGAAA